UAUCUACACAGUGUGAUCUCUACAUUGCCUUGUUUUCCCAUUCCCAUUUAUUUCCUAUAGCAGGCAUCUUCACAGCAGCAUUCUGACGAGCAGCAGCACUACACGUCUACGGGGAAGGGCAGAGAAGGAGAACAUCUAUCAUCCAUUGAUGCGUGACACUAGCAGCGAUCGCAGGGAGAUGACAUCAAUGUACCUGCUGCUGCCGCCUCCGUGCAUGCCCGGCUCCCGGGGAAUGGCACCAGUGCCAGAGGAUAGAUGAUGGCCCUGCUGCAAUCAGACGUGGGCUUUGUGUGUAUCUAGCGCACAGUGCAUACUGUGGCUUCACCUUGCAACAUUAUUGCUACGGUGCCUGGGCUGCCUGCCUGCCUGCUGCUGCUGCUGGGGAUGAUGAUCGCAUUCCUUAUCUGCACAUGAGUUGGAAGGGAUCCUUUUGGCUGCAGCUGUCUCCAUGGCUGGUCAGGAGCUGGAGAAGAGCAACGCAUCCAUCCUGCCCAGCGACCUCAGCCCUGGCACAGUGGGCAAACUGGCAUCCCUGGGCAUCAUCGCCUGCGUGAGCCUGCUUGGCAAUCUGCUCUUUGCCCUCCUCACCCUGCGGGACCGGAGCCUGCACAGAGCCCCCUAUUACCUGAUGCUAGACCUAUGCCUGGGCGAUGCCAUCCGCUGCCUGCUUUGUUUCCCCUUGGUGCUGAAAUCCAUCAGCAGCGGGUCUCAGUGGGCGCACAGCAAGCGGAGCUGCAGGAUCAUGGCCUUUGGCUCCGUCCUGCUCUGCUUCCACGCCGCCUUCAUGCUGCUGUCCAUCAGCCUGACAAGGUACAUGGCCAUAGCCCACCACCGCUUCUACUGCAAGAGGAUGAAGGGCUGGGCAUGUGCCAUGGUUAUUGCCAUGGCCUGGAUCCUCUCUAUGGCCAUGGCCUUGCCCCCAGUCUUCGAGGUGGGCACCUACAAGUUCAUCAGGGAGGAGGACCAGUGCACCUUUGAGCACCGCUAUGUCAAAGCCAAUGACAGCCUGGGCUUCCUGCUCAUGCUGGCCUUCAUCGUGGGUGCUACUCAUUUCAUCUACAUGAAGCUGCUGUUCUUUAUCUAUGACCACCGCAAAAUGAAGCCAGCCCAGCUAACCCCAGCCAUCAGCCAGAACUGGAGCUUCCAUGGGCCUGGGGCUGCUGGGCAGGCAGCUGCCAACUGGAUUGCAGGGUUCGGGAGGGGCCCCACGCCACCCACCCUGGUGGGCAUGAGGCAGACCACUCAGAACCAGAUCAAAAGGCUGCUGGUGCUGGAGGAAUUCAAGCAAGAGAAGAGGCUCUGCAAGAUGUUCUAUGUCAUCACCUUCCUCUUCCUCCUCCUCUGGGCCCCUUACCUGGUGGCCUGCUACAUGAGGGUCUUCCUGAGGUCUGCCCCCCUGCCCCAGGGCUACCUGACGGUAGCAGUCUGGCUGACAUUUGCCCAGGCUGGGGUUAACCCCAUUGUCUGCUUCAUGCUGAACAAAGAAGUCAGGUUGUGCUUGAGGGCUUUUCUGCCUUGCAGGAAUCCACAGACACAAAGGGAACCAUAUAUUGACACAUAGCCUGGAUAAGAUUGAUCCAUUGUAACCUCUCAAUUUCUACACCUGUGUAUUUGGAAUAUGCAAAGAGAUCAUGUUUCAUUAUAACCAAUCUCAGCGAAAGAUGAUGUUUGGGUGAGAUAGUGACACACUGCACCAGUGUUUGUCAUGCAAUGAUUUUCUGGGUUUUUAUUUGUUGCAUAGGCAUAGUAUAUCAUUCUGGUGUCUUUCUGGGUGCAGUGUUGUGUGCUGGAAGGUAAAUUAGCUACUAGCAUAUAUAGAUCAGUACACCUUUCACCUGUGUGUCCAGGAAACAGAAAUCCAUGGAGGAUACAUUGUGGAGAUCUGCCUGAUGCAGAACCCUACUGGCUCUGAGCUGCUGUGCCAAUCACUCUUUUUGUGAAAUUAUUCUCUAUUAUGUAUGCAGUUGGUGUCCCCUGACAUCAUCAUACAUUUCUAGGUCUUAUUGGGAAACCUCAUAUGAGAUGUGCACAGUGAUGAGGAAAUUCCUGUGUUUGUAAAUGACAAUUUGUAGAUUGGAUCACCUGCAAUAUGUGCAAAGCAUUUUGUAAAUAGUUAAUCAUCUGUUUUUACGUCUUAAUACGUUAGCAACCUAGACUUUAGAUUUGCAUAACACUGGUUUCUUUUGGAUAGCCUUCUUUGGUUGUGUGGACAGGUUAUGAGAGGUUGCUAUGGGUUUUUUUUAGUUUGUAAUUAACUGCUAUUACUGUUUAAUGAAAAUUUCUCUAUGUCCCAAAAUAUUAAUAUAGGUUAACGGGGACACUGGGCAGCUGAUGAUGUAUUAUAACAACAGGGGAAAAGAUUACAUUGUACUGUAUAAAUGAAAACUUAACUUACAAUAGUGACACUCCCAACAUGAAUAUUGAUAACAUAUAGUGGGUCCAAUAAUUGUUUAUGAUCCUCUUUAAAGACAGGCUAAUGCAAUUCCGUACAUUGUAUCAAGAGACCACUAAAUGUACAAAUAGGUUUACAAAUAUAUUUGCUAAAGAUUCAGCAACUCAUAAGAAUUAAGAGGCCCAUUUAUCAAGUGAUAAAACUCGUUGUGAAUGAUAAAACUUGUUGCGUAUGAUAAAUGGUGCUCCAGCCAAUCACCUCCCAACUGUCAUUUUGCAAACACAUGACAGGAGCUGAACACAUGACAGUUGGGAGCUGAUUGGCUGGGGUACCAUAUAUAAUACGCAAUGAGUUUUAUUAUUCACAGUGAGUUUUAGCACUCGUUGAUAAAUGGACACCAUAAUAUCCGAAAUGACAGUAUGAGUCUUGGACCAUAGGGCAAAUUAUUUUGUUUUCAACCUGUAUUCCAUGUUGUGCCCUUUACCAACCAAAAGUGCCAGAUCUAUUUGUUACGUGGUAAAGGGAAGGUGUAAGUUGAAAAAUAGUAGACUUUAGAAUUUGGCAGGAGUUUCUGUGUAUUGGGCUGUACACUACAACUUGAUUUAUCAUUAUUCCUUCUGUCAGUAUUUUUCACCGAUGACUUUGUAUCAUCCAGGCAUAGUUUUUUAAUGUUGCACAUGGCUAUAUCACAUCAUUUUGUGUAUCAGAGGUACUGUAUUCUGUAUUUUGCCCCUGGGCAAUGGAGAUAAGAACUCCACCUGGCAAAUAUAAAAGACUUGUUGAAAGCACAGAAGUGAGUCAGUAACAUAGAACAAAGCCAAGUUGCUUAUAUAAGUUAAAAACAAAAUUAUCUGAAGUUGGGAUUCGCAGUAAGAAUGUCUUUUUUUUGUUUACCUGAAGGGGCCAAUGGAUCAUAUCGGAAUAAUUUCUUGCAGAAUAUAUAUUAAUUCAGUAUAAAUGUGAGAUUCACACAGAUUUUUGUUUUGGUGGGAGAACACUUUUGGAAUAGUUGGCCACUUAGGUAAGGCAUGGGAAUGGAAGGCAAGCAGACUUAUACUGAAUGCAGGUAUGUCAAGAAGCAGAUUUUGGUGGCAGCAAGAUGUAAGCAACUCUUAGUCAAUAAGGUGGGAUUGACUACACUAUGGGGGCAUUCAACUAGCUCUGGUAUUCUCCGAGCUGCUGAAAUCGCCCCUCCCCCCUUUGUAUUCAAUUGCGGGCCGUUUUUGCCCGUUUUGCCUUUUUUUGGGGGGGGGGGGGGUUGUGAAAAGGCAUUGGCAAAAAAUGCCUCAAAGUCGGCAAAAAUGGCCCGCAUUUUUGCCUGAGCACGUGAGAGAAGAUGUGGAUUCGCCGAUCCACAUGUUUUUCACUCUUGCUGAAUUUAUCACGUAGGCAAAAAAAGUCCCUGCUACUGAAUAGGGCGAAUCCCCAUUCGACGUAAAAAUAUCAAAAAGUUCAGCUUUUUCGCGUAGGCUAAAAAAACAGACCUAAUUGAAUACCCCCCUAUAUAGGGGGAAAUAUAUAUAACCUUCCAAAGAAUGGAGAAGUGGAGAAGUUGCCCAUAGCAACCCAUCAUUUUAUACAAUGUACUUGAUAAAUGUUGGCUAUUAGCCAGUUGCCUUCUGUGUGCAACUUCUCCACUCUUUAGAAGGUUUGACACAUUUCCCCCCUUAUCUGUCUGAAUAACAGGCUUCCUGACAGUCUGCUUUGCUGUGCAUAAAAGUUCAGUGUAGCUGGGCCCUCCCAUCAAUCAUAUAUACUUAAAUUGGUCUUUUGCGGUAAACGUUGCUAUUUCCUUGCCUUGUGAACAUGAUGCUUGUGCAAAAUACUCAGCAACUUAUUUGUACUGCUUAGCAGAAGUGGAAGAAGACUGGAUUUUCCUAGGAGAAAGAUUAUAAAUUCAACAUCCAUUUAACAACCAGGGAGCUGAGGUAAUUAAUAAAUAAAUAAAUAA